CAGCAUGGUUACAUUUAUAAUGAUGGUAUGGACUGGCUGAGAAGUAUUGGUGACUUCACUACUUUACAGAAGUUGACAAAACUUGGAAAAGACCGCACGACAGUUAUAAAUAUUUUCUUCGCUGAAUUUGGCCUUUACGUAGAGAAGACAGUGUCAGAAAGUCGUGAUUUGAUUGAAGACCGUUUUCAGCAUUGUGAAUACUGCAUAAAGAUAAGUGAAGACAUGAAAAAGAAAGGGAAUGCAGAGUUUUCAAGACAGAACUAUGAAGCAGCUAUAAAGUGGUACAGUAAAGCUAUUGAGUUUUGGCCUGAAAAUCAUCUUCUUUAUGGCAAUCGAGCCCUAUGCUAUCUUCGUGUUCAGCAUUAUAGGAGAGCACUUGGUGAUGGAAAACGAGCAAUUGUUUUAAAACCUCAUUGGUCGAAGGGUCAUUACCGGUUUUGCCACGCCUUAUUUAUGAUGGGGGAGUGUAAGCGAGCUGUAGAAGCCAAUGAGAAAGCCAUAGAACUUUGUAAAGAUGAUACAGAGGGUAUUCAAGACCUUUUGUCUCAAAAAACAAGCUUUAAAGAGCAACUGGAAGAAAAAGCAAAUGGCAAGAAGAAAAAGUUAAAAAAGGAGCCACAUAGUAAAAGAAUGUGUAUUGAACAUUUAAAUGAUGAAAAUGUUUAUGAAAAGGCAGCACAUACUUCAUAUAACCAUGCUUUAAAGGAAUAUGAUGAGUUACUUGAAAAGGGUGUAAGGUUUGUGGAUGAUUUAAUCUUUUUGGUUGAAGGUGGUGAAACUUUAGUGGAUAAUUUUAUUUUAGACCUAAAUAAAAACAUGUUUUCUUUGGAAUUUGAUGGGUUGAAAAAAGGUACAUCUAUUCCUUUUCUUGAUAUUAUUUUGAAUAUUGUUGAUGAAAAUGUUCUGGAAUGUAAGGUAUAUGUAGGCAACUUUAGAAAUGUCCCUUUCCACAGCUCAGAAGGUGUUAAUGAAGUAAAGGAAGAGAACGUCAGGCACACCAUCCAUUUAACCUCACUUAUAUUGGUCAAGUUGAGCCCUAUGUCCAGUGUAAAGCCGAGACAGAUAAAAUGA